AUGUCGAGAUCUCCUGCGCGUCGCCUAGACGUCCCACCAGCGGUUCCAUCUCCGCCGACACACUCCUCACGCACAUCGCCGCCGAGACCCGGCUCACAACGAGAUGCGCGAUCACCACAGCGCUCAAGAGCGCAGACUCCCUCUGGGCCCCCACCCAACCAGUGGUACUUCACGGUGGACGAGGCACUGAGCACGCCCAGCGUCCUGGAUGGAAUCUCGCCGACGGAAGAACGGCUUCGUCGAGCCAAAGGAGUCAACUUCAUCUACCAAGCAGGCGUUUUGCUUGACUUGCCUCAAAUCACCCUCUGGGUUGCCGGUGUUUUCUUCCACCGAUUCUACAUGAGAUACAGUAUGGUUGAAGAAAAGGGCGGCAUUCACCAUUACAACAUCGCCGCAACAGCUCUUUUCCUCGCGAACAAGACCGAAGAAAACUGUCGCAAGACCAAGGAAAUCAUCAUUACCGUUGCGAAGGUUGCACAGAAGAACCCGAAGCUCAUGAUUGACGAAAUGAGCAAGGAAUACUGGCGUUGGAGAGACAGUAUUCUGGCAUACGAGGAGCUCAUGCUGGAGCUCCUCACGUUCGACUUGAUGGUCGAUAAUCCAUACCAACGGCUUUUCGAGCUGUUGGGCCAGCUGGGGAUCGUCCACAAUAAGCAUCUGCGACAGUCCGCCUGGGCCUUCUGCAACGAUGCCUGCCUCACGUCGGUCCCACUGCUGCUCGAAGCUCGCGACGUUGCGAUAUGCGCCAUCUUCUUCGCCAGCAUACACACCAAUCAUAAGAUAGAAGACGUCAAUGGCCAGCCUUGGUGGAAGGCACUGAAGGGCAACGAGCAAAAAUGUGCUAUGGCGAUUGACAUCCUGACACAAUUCUACGACGAGAAUCCUCUUCGCAAACAAAACCCGUCGAUAUCAUCGCCGGCUUUCGAUUUGGAGAAUACGAGGCAACCUAGGGAUCCGGAUACUCUUUCAUCAACUGCAGGUACGCCUUUCGAGCUUGACAGGGGUACGCAAAGCCCGAGGGCCAGGGUCAACGGCCGCGACGAUGUCACCAACACCGAGUCCGGGUCACAAGCGACGCUCGAGAAGCCAGAAAGGGCUAAUGGCAACGGCAUUGUAUCUCCGGGCAAACGAAAGGAAGUGGACUCGGACUCGGACGGCCGAGACCAGAAGCGCGCCAGACUUUCAGACGAGGACGAAGGAGAGGUUCUGGACUAG